AUUUUAACAUUACAGCUAACUGUGCACAAAAUGGGCGGCAUCUUUCUUUGCACAUUCGCCCAGAUGGUGUCCUUUAUGGCUAUUUUAGUGUUUGCCUAGUGCCCACGUGUAUAUUUGAAGCUAUCAACUUGUCUCACAUCAACUCCACCUGUAGCUUCAAGAUAUUAUAAUAUCUUGACUACUAUAGUACUACGUGAAAUUUUAUGGUCAACUGAAUCGUCAUCUUAAAAAUAUAAACAAAUAUUACGACAAAAUUCUGAAAUUUGUGUACAAGCAAGCGAUGUCACCUAUUCCUAGGGUCGAGAAGAAAUAAUGUAAAACGGUCCUAAACGCGCAUGACAAAUACUUUCGUGUUACCCUGGCUUUUAAAUCGAGCGCACCCUUAGCUUGCCCACUUUGGCCGUUGGAUGCUUGCGCGUUGAAAAGGGCGGAGAUUCCGUGGGCACAUAAAAGAGUUAUUUCUAUCAGCCGCGGGACAGCACCAAUAUUCAGUGAAUAUUAUUCACGUUUGAUUGUUGUUUUGCAACAUCAAAUGACUGUUGCAGGCAUGGGUCACCUCUUGUCCUACCGCAAUUGCCUCCUGCUGCUCUGCAUCUUUUCCAACUGGAUACCAGCAACCACCGGGCUCUUUGAAUGGCUGAGGCAGACUGAGCAUCCUCCAGCAGAAACAGCGCCUCCAUCUGCAGAUGCCAUUCUAGCAAAGGAAGCACAGUUUGAAAUGUCAACCGGUGAUGAGAGGUUCCUGUCUGAGGCCAAGCAGAUGGAGCUGAAUCCUCUAGACAGCUGCCACCACAAGGUGGUUGCUCAGUUAAAAGUGAGCUGUGAAGGUCUCUCAGAAGAGGAACUGGCGAAACUGGGUGUCACAUUGUUCAACUGCCAGGCACAGAUUGAGGGGCGCACAACGUAUCCAUGUACACAACACAUGAGCAUAAAGGAAUGCACGGCAGCGAUGGACACGUGGAACGCCUAUCACAUCGUGAGCAACAGGGCUCGCGCCGUGUGCUACGCGAGUCGCCAGCAACUCUUUCGGCUCAGGGCAGAGCGCACCGUAAACAUGGUCAUCUCCACAGCUGCCAGCCAACUAGCUGCAAUGGAAGACCUCAAGGACGGCCAAUUGGAGCUAAGAGAGCUGACGGCAGCGUCACUGGACCGGCUCCUGAAGGGCCACGGUGAGCUCCAGACUCAGCAGGUCAAGCUGCAUAAAGGCCAGAGUCAAAUGCAAAGUGACCUGAGAGACAACCUGCAGCGUCUGGCUCAGGAGAAAGCCCUCAUUGCCUCAGGACAAGAACUGGUGGCCCGGCUCAUCCGGGAAAUUACCGAUCGAAUGGCGUUUGUUCGUGAGAAUGUGCAGAUGCAAGGCUCCCAAGUGCAGGACAGACACAGAGCCGUCGUUCAAGACCUGGAGCACAUCAGACACCAAGCUCAGGACAUUCAGCAAAAACUAGACGACAGCGUGUCAGAGUUUGUCCAGUACCGAGAGCGGACUUUGCGCUACUACGCCGAUGUCAUGAGCAAACUGGAAAGCACGAACAUCAGUCUGGGUGUGGUGCUGCGCUUCUUGGACGAAACGCGGGGCCACAUAGAGCAACGGCUCGACACCAUUCGAGGUUACCUCGAUUGGGCAGGUUUCAGCGUCACCGCCAUGUGGACGUGCGUCACACACGCCGGCUAUUUCCUGCUGUUUGCUGUCCUCCAGUCGUUCCUGUGUUGUCCGGUUUUCUCUCGGGCCGCGUUGCUGCUUACUGUGCCCUUGAACGCAGCGGCUGAGGUCAACGGGCAGCCAGCGCUGGAUCCGGCGAGUCUCUGCUUCCUGAUGGUCACGCUUUGGCUUGGACACUGGUUUGUCAGCCAGUUACGGGUUCAAUUUCCGAGCAGAGGCAGAGCGUCUGCUGCAUUCCCAUUUGAAUCGGUGGCGCCACGAGAGUCCUGCGACACAUACCCGCGAUCCUCGACGCCACACAAGAAAGAGUACUGUUGCAGUGAACAGAACCAGCUGCUGAAGCAAGAAACCGGUGAUCUUGCUCCAGCUGCAGGAUCUUCCCACAGGAAACUGGCAGCAAGUGGACCAGCGCAUCACUGCCUUCCUCCUUUUCUAGCCCAGCCUGUUCUUUCAGCAGGUUUGAUUGGUGAUAUUCCUUGCAGAAAGCCUUUUGACUCUUUGAAUGACUCUUACUUGACUAAUGACUCAAGAAGCGCAUCUCCCUUGCCAUCAAUGAGCACCAGCUCUCUAUUAGGGCGUCCGUUCUGCAAGUCGAUCACCAAAGCAAGGAAGGUGUGCAAAAAGAGAGCGCUGUUUGGACGGGAUUACUGCAGAAUCCAUCAAGACAAACUCAACUCCUCUUCACUCGUCAACUAAAAUGUGACCUUGAAAUUUGUACGUUUAUGUAUUGCUUACUUUUUAACCCCCUUCCAGGCACCAACUGUCCUUUUUAAACAAUCUGUAAUAAAUUUAAA